AGUCAACCUGGUGGACAACGUGUGUGGUGGCUGCUUUGAAAAUUCUGAUAGAAAUUCAACUAACUUUAAAAUGGGCAAAGAACGGGGCAGGGGACGCAGAAACCAUCAGUCUAGGCCUUAUAAUAAGAGCAAUUGGCGUGGCCAGAAGAAGGACCGUCCGCAGCAUAAUGGAGGCCCACGCAACAGAUCAGCGCCGCAGCAAAAAUCCACACUGCUCGAGAACCAGGUGGGCAUCACAGAGUUCACAAAUGCAGAUGCUCCCGGAUUUACGGGCAUUUUGAAGUCACGCUUCUCCGACUUCCAUGUCAACGAAAUUGACACCGAGGGACACGUGCUGGAGUUGAAUGAUUCGACCGUGCCCAAGGCAGCCGUGGAGGUUGUGGACCCUGAGAAGUUGGUGGAGUGGCGCAAAGAGCUGGAGGAGGUGAUUGGCCCAGAAGUCUGGAAGGAUAUUGCCAGCUUGGCAGAGGCCAAAUUUGAUCCAAAGACUGAGCAGAAGGUAGAAAUCGAUGUGAGCAGCCUGGACAAGGAUAAGCGCACGAAAAUUCAUCAACUGGUGAAGCAACUGUACACGGGCAAGCUCGUAUCCACCACAAUGGGACAGCCACAGGCUAAGGAGAAACCGCAGGAGGAGCAACAGGUGAAAGGGAAGGAGGAACCCCUAGUUCCGCCAGUGGAGGAAAAGAAAACCAUACGCAUAAUGAAACCAAAGCAUGGACGAGGCGACAAUCGAUGGAACUUUCCCGGCGAAUAUGUCACAUUUCUGGUGCACAAAACGAAUAUAGAUACCGGAGAGGUGGCCUCCACGCUAGCUUCGCGCCUCAACUUGCGACCCUCGCAGGUCAACUACUGUGGCACCAAGGACAAGCGUGCCAAGACCACGCAAAAUUUCUCUAUUAAGCACCGCUCGCCGGAGAGCAUAAUCAAGGCAGCACGAGCCAUCAGAAAUGUCUUCUUUGGCAACUUUAACUUUAGAUCAACGACCCUUAGGCUGGGUGAUCUGCAGGGCAAUCGUUUCCGCAUCGCCUUGCGUCACAUUGCCAAGGAGAGGCAGGCGGAUAUCGAGGCUUCGCUGGAGUCGCUCAAGGAGCGCGGCUUCAUCAACUACUACGGACUGCAGCGGUUUGGCAAUAGUGCCAGUGUCCCAACCUAUGAGGUGGGUGUGGCGCUGUUGAAACGCGACUACAAGCUGGCCUGCGAGCUGAUCCUAAAGCCCCGCGACACGGACAUCGAGUUCAUGCGUGCCAUACGAGCGGAAUGGUGGGAGAAACGUGACUCUGCGGCAGCGGCUGCCAAGUUCUAUGGCGACAAGUUCAUCGAGAAGAAGCUACUCGAUGGUCUGGCUAGAUUUGGGGAGACGGACUACUCCUCAGCCUUGCGGCAGAUACCGCGCAACAUGCUGAUGCUGUAUCCGCAUGCGUAUCAGAGCCUGAUCUUCAACCGCAUUGCCUCGCGCAGAAUCAAGGAGUUCGGCCUAAAGCUAAUCCCCGGCGACUUGGUGUAUGUGGAGCAGUCGGAGCCCAUGGAGGAGGAUAACCCAGUUGAGCCUGCAGAGACUGAAGCUGUGGAGGAGACUGACGAAGAUCUCGCAGACGUCGAAGAGGAUGUCGAUGCCAUUUCCCUGGAAGAGGAAUCGGUGUUCAAGCGCAAAGUGCGACCGCUGAGCGAGGAGGACAUUGCCAGCGGCAAGUAUAAGCUCUCCGAUGUGGUCCUGCCCCUGCCCGGCCAUGACAUCACAUAUCCCGCCAACGAGUGCGGUGCGUGGUACGCGGAGAUGAUGGCCGAGGUGGGCCUCUCCUCGGAGCUGCUGAAGCACAAGGAGAAGACGUACGCCUUGGCGGGUGCCUACCGCAAGAUGAUCAUUCAGCCAAAUGAUUUGAAGUGGAGUUUCAGGCGUUACAACACGCCCGAAGACACCCUGAUAGCCUCGGACUUUGAGCUGAUGAAGGGCAUUCCCAUCACGCCUGAACCCUCCGAGGAGGAGGCCAAGUACUUGGCACUCGUGCUGGAGUUUUCGUUGCCCACGGCUGCCUAUGCCACCAUGUUGCUGCGUGAGCUGUUCAAGCAGGACACCUCAACGGCCACACAAAUGCAGCUGGAGCAGGAGGCAAUGAUUAAGAAGGAGGAUGAGGAACCCACCGCAACCCCAACGGAAACUCGCAUUGUGGAGGAGACUGUGGUGGAGCCAGAGAAGGAGGUGGUAGCAGAGGUGGUGGCGGGGCUGUAAGGUACGCAAACAGAAAUCAAUAUGCUCAGGGAAAUCAAUUUUACGCGCGUUGCCCGAUGCUCCCGUUAUUUGUAUGUAAGUAACUUCAAAAGCCACCACAAGCCACAACAAUAACAAUGCGCACGUGAGAGAGGGGGUAAGUAAGUUCGUUUCCGCUCUCUCUCUCUCCUGGUGCUACGCUCUCUCUGGCGCCCAGGCACAAGGUAUAUUCAGCAUAAGUUAAGGCCCGCUCUUUGUGCUCUUUCACUCAUUCCGACAUGGGUGGUGUGCCUUACCUACCAUUACCUGUACUCACAAACAAGCAGGACCAGGACAUUCGUUCGUUUGCUGCAUUUAUUCGUAAGCUCUCAGGCAAAGCGAAAGCUUUGGACGCGGCGCAGUGUUUCCCCCCCUGUCGCACAACCGUCGCACGUCUCAGUGUGUAGUUUAAACAAAUGCUUUUAAUGCAAAAUAUUACAAUUUAAAAUUACAA